AUGGCAAUUCGCACAGAUGGGGAUACAGAGAGCCAGCCCAUACGAGCAUGCUCAAAAGCACAUCGGGCUUUCGAUUCACCUUGGCUCAAAACCCCACAACGUCCCUUUACUGAAUACUAUGAUCAGCUGUGUUCAAUUGAACCAAAGUUUCCAUUCUCUGAAAAUCAGGUGUGUGUAACAUUUACAUGGAAAGAUGCGUUUGAUAAAGGAUCACUUUUUGGAGGAUCUGCCAAAUUGGCUCUGGCAAGUUUGGGAUAUGAGAAGACCUGUGUUUUGUUCAACUGUGGAGCAUUGGCAAGCCAGAUUGCAGCAGAACAGAAUCUAGAUAAUGAUGAAGGACUGAAAGCUGCAGCUAAGCACUAUCAGUUUGCGAGUGGUGCUUUCCAACACAUUAAAGACACUGUUUUGUCAGCCUUGAAUCGAGAACCUACAGUGGACAUCUCUCCAGACACAGUUGGAACUCUAAGUCUUAUUAUGUUGGCUCAAGCCCAAGAAGUCUUUUUCUUGAAAGCUACAAGAGAUAAAAUGAAAGAUGGUAUCAUAGCUAAACUAGCUAAUCAAGCUGCAGAUUACUAUGGUGAUGCUUACAAACAGUGUCAAUAUAAAGAUACUUUGCCCAAGGAGGUGUUUCCUGUUCUGGCUGCAAAGCACUGCAUUAUGCAGGCCAAUGCAGAAUAUCAUCAAUCUAUCCUGGCAAAACAGCAGAAGAAAUUUGGUGAAGAAAUUGGGAGAUUACAGCAUGCGGCAGACUUGGUGAAAACAGUGGCAUCUCGUUAUGAUGAAUAUAUAAAUGUUAAAGAUCUGGUUGACAAAAUCAACCGUGCACUUACAGCUGCCAAAAAGGACAAUGACUUUAUUUACCAUGACCGGGUUCCUGACCUGAAAGAUUUGGAGUCCAUUGGAAAAGCCAGUCUUGUGAAGUCUACUCCUGUUGUUGUUCCCCUCAGUCAGAAAUUUACUGACCUGUUUGAGAAGAUGGUUCCAUUGCAAGUUCAGCAAUCUGUGAGUGUUUAUAACCAGAGAAAGGCAGAUCUAGUAAACAGGUUAAUAGCCCAGAUGAGAGAAGCCACAAAUCUGGCAAAUGGUGUGUUGGCUUCCCUCAAUCUUCCUGCUGCUAUCGAAGAUGUGUCUGGUGAUACUGUUCCUCAGUCUAUUUUGAACAAGUCGAAGUCUGUGAUUGAACAGGGAGGAAUUCAAACUGUUGAUCAGCUGAUCAAAGAUCUGCCUGAACUGCUACAAAGAAACAAAGAAAUUUUAGAUGAAUCACUAAGACUAUUAGAUGAAGAAGAAACUACAGACAGUGACCUGCGAACAAAAUUCAAAGAACGCUGGCAGAGAACACCAUCUAAUGAACUCUAUAAGCCUUUAAGGGCAGAGGGAGCCAAUUACCAUAAUAUUUUGAAUAAAGCUGUGCAAGCAGAUGGCCAAGUUAAAGAGCGCUAUCAGUCUCACCGGGAUAUGAUUGCACUUCUGUGUAAGCCAGAGUCAGAACUCAACGCGGCCAUUCCUUCUGCCAACCCAGCAAAAACAUUACAAGGAAGUGAGGUUGUUAACGUCUUAAGAACUUUGCUGGCCAAUCUGGAUGAAGUUAAGAAGGAGAGAGAACAACUAGAAAAUGACCUGAAAUCUGUAAAUUUUGACAUGACAAGCAAAUUCCUGACUGCUCUUGCGCAGGAUGGUGCUAUAAAUGAGGAGGCUAUCUCUGUGACCGAGUUGGACAGAAUUUAUGGAAGUCACACACAGAAAGUGCAAGAGUCCCUAAAAAAGCAGGAAGAACUUCUCAAAAACAUUCAGAAUGCACAUCAGGAUUUUUCAAAGAUGAAACAAUCAAACAAUGAAUCUAAUUUACGAGAAGAAGUUUUGAAGAACUUGGCUGUAGCAAAUGACAACUUUGUGGAACUUGUAGCCAAUUUAAAAGAAGGCACAAAGGUAUAGUAAUGCUUAAGGGAUUGGAAGAACUUUUCUUAAAAUUUUUAUUACACAGUGAGGUGUGAAUCAAAAAUCAUAGUAAACUUUGCAAAUAUGCUACAUGAGAGGUGCAUUUCUGAGGAUUUUACUACUGAAACUGAAAGAGAUGAACUGCUCAAAGAUUUGCAGCAAAGCAUUGCUAGGGAGCCCAGUGCUCCCUCUAUUCCUCUGCCUACUUACCAGACCACAUCAGCUGGAGGAAGUAAGCCUGCUGCAUCGUCGACUCCUACUCCAGCACCCAGAACCAUGGUGGGGACUAAACCGCAGCCACCAGCACGGCCACCACCACCAGUGAUUUCUGCAGCAAGCAGUUCCUCUUCUGGAUCAGCGCCCUCUGGAACAGCUGCAGCUCCGUCUCCUGCUCCUGCUCCUGCUCCUACUCCUACUCCUACUCCAGGAGCCAGCGCACCUGCGGCAAGCACUGCACCUUCACAGGCACAGGGACCUCCUUACCCAACUUAUCCAGGUUACCCAGGGUAUUGCCAGAUGCCAGUGCCAAUGGGCUAUAAUCCAUACAUGUAUGGUCAGUAUAAUCUGCCAUAUGCACCCUCACCUGUGUAUCAAAACCCUGGACAAGCACCGUAUCCGGCACCUCAACAACCUGGAUACCCUUUUCCUCAACAGCCUUAUUACCCUCAGCAAUAAUGUAUCUGCAAAGAAGUUCUGCUUGUGAAAAUUUGGGAGAAAUUGGCAAUAAGCAUACUAAAACUUCUAGCUUCCGUUAACGUACCGUACUGAACUAUAUGCAGUCUAUAACUCCUGUUCAUUGUUAACUGCUCAAAAAUGUCUAGAUCAGUUCUUGAUUACACUAAACACUUUGAGAGGUCUGCUGCAGUGGUUUAGACUGUAGAGUAAUGCCAGAAUUAAAGCCUAAUUCAGUGGUCUGAAAAUGUACACUACAUGUUGGCUAGACCAAAAUAUUUCUUUGCAAAAAUCCUAUAAGUAACAAAUGGGUUCAGAUGAGAAAAAUGAAGCAGUGCGUGCACUGGGUGUGAUAUAUUCUAUGGAACCAUAUAGCAUUUCCUUCUAUACGCUAUUGGUUUGUAUUUUUUUGAGUUUAGUUAAAAUACGCUAUUUUGUCUAAUAAUCAAGGCCUUGUAAAUCAUCAGUAAAAAAAAUAAAUUAGUUAGAAUGGCUUAAACACCUGGCAUUCUCAUUACCGUAAAAAUGUGUUUUGUGUGUCUGUAUAUUCUUUCAUUUGUCCCUUGACUUGAAUAACAUAAAGAUAACUUCUCAAGUGUUUAGCCUUACAACUGAAUUUCUUCUAUUUUCCCUUGAUUCUGCAUUUUUGUGACAGAAUCUAUAAUUAACCAUUUAAAUCUUGGUAGAUGAAGUCUUGCAGGUAAAAUUUUCCUAUAACUUUUAAGUGUACUGGACUAAAAUGUGUUCGUUACUGUUUUAAAAGAAUAGUUACUCUCAUCUCCAGAAUACUGCUUAAAAGAAGGGAGAUCAGGGUCCCAGGACCAGUGAGUGGUUGAUCUCACCUAUGUUUUCCAAGGAAACGUUGAUCAGAAAUGUGUUAUGGUUCAAGAUAGGGCAACUAAUGCUUGUUAGAGCUUUUCAGAUUAUGCUUAUAAAUUAUUGGGUUUUUUUCCCCUUAAAAAAACUAAUUUAUUCCCUCAGGGAGCUUGUUAUCAGUGGAGAAAUACUUUUUUUGGUGGG